CUGCUGCUGCUGCUGCUGCUGCGGGACUGGAGGGACUGUAUCAGCUCGCUUGUUCUAUACCAGCCAGCAGCAGCAGUGGUCGGGCUGGAGUAUGAUCGCUGUCCAGAGAGCAUAGAUGUGCAAAACCCCUGGAAUAUCCGUGCGCUGGAGAGGCCAGAAACGACCGCCGUGGAGGACUGUCUUUAUCUAGCCAUCAAAAGGGAGAGAGCCACGGGGAAAGUAUGGCGGUAGAAGAGGAAGGUCUCCGGGUUUUCCAGAGCGUUAAAAUAAAAAUAGGAGAAGCCAAAAACAUCCCUCCAUACCCAGGGCCGAACAGGAUGAGGGACUGUUACUGCACUGUCAACCUGGACCAAGAAGAGGUCUUCAGGACCAAGAUCAUUGAGAAGUCGCUCUGUCCGUUCUAUGGGGAGGAUUUCUACUGCGAGAUCCCGCGUAGCUUUAGACAUCUCUCCUUCUACAUCUUCGACAGGGACGUCUUCCGGAGGGACUCUAGUAUCGGUAAGGUUGCGGUGAAGAAAGAGGACUUGCAGAAAUAUCACGGGAAAGACACCUGGUUUCAGCUGCAGCCUGUCAGCGCUGACUCAGAGGUGCAGGGAAAAGUGCACCUGGAGCUGCGUCUGAGUGAGGUCAUCACAGACAGCGGAGUCAUCAACCAUAAACUAGCCACACGGGUGUUGGAGUGCCAAGGUCUUCCAAUCGUCAACGGCCAAUGUGAUCCCUACGCUGCUGUCUCCCUACUGGGACCUUCAAGGUCGGACGCAAAGAAGACCAAGGUGAAGCGGAAAACCAACAAUCCACAGUUUGAGGAGGUUUUCUAUUUUGAGGUGACGCGGCCAUUAAGUUACACAAAGCGGCAAUUUGAUGUUGAAGAAGAGGAUGUUGACAAGCUGGCACUGAGGGUGGAUCUGUGGAACGCCAGCAACUUGAAGUUUGGGGAUGAGUUCCUGGGUGGUGUGCGUGUUCCUCUCCGAGUCCUGGGUCAAGCUGGUGUCCACGACGCAUGGUACUUUCUCCAGCCCAGGGAGAAUGGAGGGAAGUCAGUAAAGGUAGAAGAGCUCGGGUCUCUGCGUCUGAACAUCGUUUACACUGAGGACCACGUCUUCCCCUCCGAACACUACACUCCCCUGAGAGAUCUACUGUUGCAAUCUGCUAAUGUAGGGCCCGUGUCGGCGUCCACAGCUCAUAUUCUCGGGGAGGUGUGUCGAGAGAAACAAGAAGCCGCCAUUCCUCUUGUGCGUCUGUUUCUUCACUAUGGGAAGAUCGUGCCUUUCAUCAGCGCCAUCGCUCACGCUGAGGUCAACCGCACGCAGGAUCCUAACACCAUUUUCCGAGGAAACUCACUGACAUCCAAGUGCAUUGAUGAGACCAUGAAGCUUGCAGGAAUGCACUAUCUGCAGGUCACACUCAAACCCAUCAUAGAUGAGAUCUGUACAGAACACAAACCCUGUGAAAUCGAUCCAGUCAAGCUCAAAGAGUCAGAGAACCUGGAGACAAACAGGGAAAACCUCCGUCAUUAUGUAGACCGCAUCUUCAAUGUCAUCACCACCUCCGGUGUCCGCUGUCCCACCGUCAUGUGCGAUAUCUUCUUCUCUUUGAGAGAGUCUGCUGCCACCCGUUUCCAAGUGGACCAAGAUGUCCGAUACACAGCAGUGAGCAGUUUCAUUUUCCUGCGUUUCUUCGCUCCAGCAAUUCUCUCCCCCAACUUGUUCCAUCUACGGCCGCACCAUCCAGAUCCCGCCACAUCUCGAACCCUCACCCUCAUCUCCAAGACGAUCCAGACUCUUGGAAGUCUCGCCAAGUCUAAAUCUGCCAAUUUCAAAGAGUCCUACAUGGCUGCGUUUUAUGAAUACUUCAAUGAGCAGAAAUAUGCGGAUGCUGUGAAGAAUUUCCUGGACCUGAUCUCUACCUCUGGCAAGUGGGACCAGAAGAGUAUUGAGACACCAAUCAUGCUCAAAGAGGGGUUUAUGAUAAAGAGGGCACAAGGGAGAAAGCGCUUUGGAAUGAAGAACUUCAAGAAGAGAUGGUUUCGCCUCACCAACCACGAGUUUACCUACCACAGAACCAAAGGUGAGGGAGCUCUGUGCAGCAUUCCCAUAGAAAACAUUCUGGCUGUGGAGAGGCUAGAGGAGGAGUCUUUCAAGAUGAAAAAUAUGUUCCAGGUUAUUCAGCCUGAACGCGCUCUCUACAUCCAGGCCAAUAACUGUGUUGAGGCGCGCGACUGGAUCGACAUUCUGACCAAAGUCAGCCAGUGCAACCGCAAACGCUUGAGCACCUACCAUCCUUCAGCCUACCUCAACGGCCACUGGCUCUGCUGCAAGCUCUCAGCAGACACGGCUCCUGGGUGUACACCCUGCACCGGCGGCCUCCCUGCAAACAUCCAGCUGGAUGUAGAUGGAGACAGAGAGACGGAGAGGAUUUAUUCACUGUUCAGCACAUACAUGAGUAAACUCAUCAAGAUGCAAGAGGCCUGUGGCAGUAAGUCUGUGUACGAUGGCCCCGAACAGGAAGAGUACUCCAGCUUCGUCAUCGAUGACCCCCAGGAGACCUACAAAACCCUGAAACAGAUUGUUUCGGCCGUGCAGACCUUGGAGCAGCAGCACACCAAGUACAAACGAGACAAGUUCAGGAAGACAAAGAUAGGCAGCCAGGAGCAUCCAAUUGGAGACAAGAGUUUUCAGUGCUACAUCCGCCAGCAGUCUGAGAGCUCCACUUACUCCAUCUAGCCGUGGCCAUUUGUACUGUUUCUAUGAUGCCCACAACCAGCAUUUUUUUUUUUAACUGCACAGAAAUCCAUUUUAACAAUGCUCGGUGUCUAGUAUUGAGUUUUAAAUCUUUAUUUCUACUUAAAACAAGCUAAAUUUCGCUUAUUUCCAAUGCAGCAUAUCUAUGCUUGAAGAUGUCCAUUAAAGGAAUGUUUAACUUUUCUGGAAGCAGGUGAUUCCGAUUUGGAAACACGUUUCACCUGGCUGGCUUCUUUGUUCAGUUUUAAGGAGAGUUUUAAGAGUCAAUACCAGACUGAAUGAGCCGUGUAGAUGGACUUUUUUUGCAGCGUCUCAAGGUGCAUCACUCCAAAUUUUGGAGAACAGACCUCAGAUCAGCAAGAAAAAAAGAGGAACAAUUGUGGAGGAAAGGAGGGAUACGAAUGAAGAGAUAAUCAUACCAUGCGUCUAUUGGGGUCUCCUUUCUGUGAUGUGACGAGAGAACAAACGUUUUCACUGGACAGUUUUGACAGUGACCGACACGCACUUUAAUCGCCUCCAAAUCUAUGGAUGAACAAGCCUCGCAGCACACUUUCAAAAAGCUUAUUUUAUCUGUUUGAUUUGUAUCUGGUUAUUUUCAUGGUUGUUGAAAUGAUCCUUUGUAUUUCACUCUAGAAGGAAGGAAGGAGUCUAUUUUUUUUCCCUUUCUGGGUGGUGUUGUCCCUGUGUACCUUUUGUCCCUAACCUCCUCAGGAAGGCUGUGCAGUUCGAGGGCACACAAGAAGGGAUUGUCAGGACCAAUCACAGCCAAGAGCAGCUUGAUGUUAGCUAUCAAAAAUCACUCCACGGACAAUUUUAUCCCUUCUUUUUAGUCUGUAGCAACCAAGUGCUAACACAUGUAUAGGUUUUCACGUUUCAUUUGAAACCUCGUUCUGUUGUGGUCUGAAUAUCGUGCUCCUGUGUAACCAGUACCUUGGUUAAAGGAAUAGCUUGUCUGUGGAGAGUUUUUUUCUUUUCUUACGCGUACACUGAGGCAGACAAAUUUCAUGGAUUUCUGUCUGUUUGUAUGCAGUUUGAAUGUAUGUUGAACAGUUUGCUUAGCAUGGCCGACUUAAGUUGCAGCUUCUCAAAGAUAAAAUACACUCAGUGGCUGAUUGGUUAAACUCCAUCUUGAUCUCCGUAUAUGAGCAAAGAAAUUAGAUUAUGUCUAACUUCAGAGCCAGUUUCUUUUGAUGUCUGGGCCAGAUUAACUCACUGGGACCUCAGGGUAAAAAUGUGCCAUUGACUUCCACAGUCUAACCAUUAUAUAAACUGUAUUAAUGAUUUACUUACAUUGUACUUUCAGAUGCCACUUUAUUUGGGACUCUUGUAUGGUCUAUUACAAUUCUGCUGUAAUUUCUGUCUUUAGGAAGUUUAUAAAAUUCAGUUGCUGAAGUUAAUUCAAUUAUAUGUUUGGACGUUUGGUCAUAGUUAAAGGUGCACUGGACUACAUUAUAAUUAGAAAUGUUCUUGUCUUUCCUGUUUAGAUACAUGAUAGGGGCAGGACAUUAGAAACACCACUGAAUAUAAUGCAGUCCUAUAGAAGACGAUUACUUUGACCUCAGUGCAAAUCGUAUAAAUGAAUUAACAAUAUCUGAACACUAUAAACAUCAGUCAUUAAUGGCAGAACAGUUGUGUUGGAUUGCAUUGGGUUGUACAACGAAGUGUCCACCUAGUGUUUAUAGUAGUGUGUGUACAGAAUUAUUGGGUUGCUGUCCAUUUUGCCCACUUGGUAGAUAUGCACACACGUCCAUGGUGAGCAAGUAUUAGUAAGUAAUUCCAGAAAAGUAGUUUAAACCGAAAUGUUACUGUUGUUUGUUCAUAAAGCUGAAAAUAGUGUAUUUUGCCUCUUUUAAAAGGAGCUUAUUCUUGUUCCUGACAUCCAGAAGCUGAGCUCAGCUAGGCUAAUAUAUUCAUACACGUAUGUCAAAGACCAUCAACAUACCUUCAAACAGCAUGCAGACGUAAUAAAAACGUGUUUGUUUUCCUCUGUGUAAAUCAAAAGGUAGCCAAAAACAGAAACUGUGUUGGCACAGCUCUUAAACAAGGAUGGUUUUUAGCUGAACUUUUAAUUAAUGCAUAUACUAACAUUUUAACCAGUCUUGGCACGAGUUAUGGUUGUGAAAUGGAUAGUGUAUUACUGGUUGUGUUGCCCCAUUGGCUGCCUGAUAAUGUAGUUCUUCUGUUUAGUGAGAUUAGCUCUGUCUUACUUGGGCAAAACUGCAUUCUGUAGUUUAAAACCUUAUUUAUGCGCGUUCCUCUGAGAAACUGCCUGCUGUGAAUCUUACCCAUCAGCACCCCAGAAUCUUUUGAAGGUACAGGAUUUAUUAUUGUUCACCAGUUGUGUUGUUCUGUGCAGCAUUCAUGUUCAUCAGCACUCACUCUUGCCAAACCAGAGCAUGUGAAGUUUAGUUGUAGUCAUGGCGACGGUAGCCUCCACAGUCACUUUUGUGCUGCCAGGUGAUUACGAACCUCGACUUUUCUUUUUUUUACUUUUUUUUUUGUAUUUUCCUAAACUAAAUAGCUGAUUUAUGUAACCUCAUGGAUGUUCAUGUGAUUACAGGGUCCCUUCCAGUGCCAGUCAUCACUUUUAUAAAAUUCUCUUUUUGAAAAACAAACAAACAGAAAAGUCCCUGUUAAGAUACGUUUUUUAUAUAUAUAUAUACAUAUAUAUAUGUCAAUACCUGUUCUGUUUUAAAAACAGACAAGCAGUUAUUCUGAUGACAUCUUUCUCUUUGUCGAUUACGUUGAUCUACGAACUAUAAGGAAGGUUCUUAGCAAUUUGACUCUGUUUUCUAUCUUUGUCUUGUCAUACAGAAAUCUCUCUGUGUAUCCAAACUGAAUGACCUGUGUGUGUGUGUGUGUGUAUGUGUGUGUGUCUGUUUCACGUGUGUUUGUGAGUGUGCUUUCCUCAGUAUGAGCAUUAGUGACUGACACGACGGGUGAUAUUGCCAGUUGAAUCAACCCAGUGUUACAGGCCAGGAAAGGAAGACUUCCACUUGUUAGAAAAAGAAAAAGUCGCUGCCUGUAAUUAUCUGAUCGAGUGUAUCCCCUCUUUCCUCUUGUAUAGAACCACUGUUCCAUUUCAAGGAACCUUUGCCAAUAUAUUCUCCCCAAAAUAUUUUAUGGAUCUAACAGUAAUAACAUUGACGAAACGUUAACCUCUGAACUUUAGUGAGUGUUUGUUUCCACCAGUUAUUAACUCUCCUCAGGUUUAUCAAACUCUGAAGUUUUUUGGUGUUUCUUUUUUUGCCAAGACUAAGGAGACUUGGACUGCAUUAUAAACCACCUGAACAGCUCUGUUUCUCAUCCCUAACUUGGUAAAUGCAUUCAUUAUCAUUUUCAGCAAAACCUUUCCAGAAACAUGAGCUGAGUUGGUGGGGAAAUGGUGGUUACAGUAACAGCAACUCCUCCACCCCAAAGCCCCACACAAAGGAAUGACUUAUGCAAUAAUGAUGAUUCAGCAUGCAAUAAUAUUAACACCCCCCAUCCCCCACCCCAUAAGCCCAUCAAAUUAUCACAAAUUAACAAUGCACAUCUGUUGACCUUUCGCAUUAAAAUGCCUCGUCUGAUGAACACAUAUUAUAAAGGGAGAACAGUGUAUUUUGUACAAAUAUUUUAAAAGUAUUAAAAUAAGCCUGUUAUAUGUGUACAUAAAACAGUUGGAUGAAUGGUGAAACUGUGAUGUGUUUUUUUUUUCCCCUGAAUAACUAAAUGAAACCAAUAUUAAUGCAAA